AUGAAUAGGACUUUUCUUCAUGCAGGGGAGAUGACCGUCUCUAAUGCUCAACGCUCUCAGCGCGAGGCUAUGGCAUUGACUGUGAACGAGAUAGUCGCUCAUCUCGUGGAAGCACAUCGUGAACACAAAGAUGUGAACUUGAAUCGGCUCAAAUGCGUGAUCGCUCAAAAGUACGGUUUGAGUUCUCAGCCAAAGUUGGUUGACAUCAUUGCUGGAGUUCCGAAUGAAUUUAAGGAUGUGUUGUUGCCAAAGUUGAAAGCUAAGCCUAUCCGAACAGCUUCUGGUAUCGCUGUAGUGGCAGUGAUGUCGAAACCUCAUCGUUGUCCACACAUCAAUUUCACGGGAAAUGUCUGUGUAUAUUGUCCUGGAGGCCCAGACUCUGAUUUCGAGUACUCCACGCAGAGCUACACUGGUUACGAACCAACAAGUAUGCGUGCUAUAAGAGCAAGAUAUGAUCCCUACCUUCAGACAAGAGGAAGGGUCUCUCAGCUAAUGCAGCUUGGCCACUCAAUUGAUAAGGUCGAAUUCAUUGUAAUGGGUGGAACCUUCAUGUCGUUGCCAGAGGAUUAUCGCGAUUAUUUCAUCAGAAAUUUGCAUGAUGCCCUCAGUGGUCACAUUUCUUGUAAUGUGAAAGAGGCAGUUGCGUAUUCGGAGCGAAGCAAAAUCAAAUGCAUCGGCAUCACGAUUGAAACUCGUCCUGACUAUUGCCUCCCGAGACAUCUUAAUGACAUGCUCCUUUAUGGAUGUACUCGGCUUGAGAUUGGAGUCCAGUCUACUUACGAAGAUGUAGCUAGAGACACUAAUCGAGGACAUACGGUUAAAGCCGUCUGUGAAACGUUCCACAUGUCUAAGGAUACCGGAUAUAAAGUUGUUAUCCACAUGAUGCCCGAUUUGCCUAAUGUCGGACUGGAACGUGAUAUUGAACAGUUUGUGGAGUUAUUCGAGAACCCACAGUUCCGUCCCGAUGGUUUGAAGUUGUACCCAACUCUCGUUAUAAGAGGCACAGGAUUGUACGAAUUGUGGCGAUCGGGCAGGUACAAAAGUUACCCGCCCUCUGUGCUGGUAGAUCUCGUGGCGCGCAUACUGGCGUUAGUGCCUCCAUGGACUCGUGUUUAUCGUGUACAACGUGAUAUACCCAUGCCUUUGGUCUCAAGUGGUGUUGAACACGGUAAUCUCCGUGAACACGCCUUGGCACGUAUGAAGCAGCUCGGUUUAGCAUGUCGCGACGUAAGGACUAGAGAAGUUGGUAUUCAGGAAAUUCAUAACAAAAUUCGGCCGUACGAUGUGGAGUUAGUACGAAGGGAUUACGUUGCGAACGGCGGAUGGGAGACCUUCCUUUCUUACGAGGAUCCAGAUCAGGAUAUUCUCAUAGGACUGUUGCGAUUGAGAAAGGUAUCCAAUAGGGCGCACCGUCCCGAACUUAAGGGGAAAACAUCUGUUGUGCGUGAGCUCCAUGUCUACGGUUCGGUGGUGUCUGUUUCUGAUCGGGAUCCAUGCAAAUUCCAACACCGGUUCGUCCUUCGAUACUUUGCGAAGCAAGCUAUUCCCGGUUUGAAAAACAUUAGUUUCGUUGAAAAUUAA